AUGUCCUCCUUCUGGUCAGCCAAUCUCCUUCGGGUGCAGACCUUCUACCUCCUCAGGAUCCCCCUCUGGACGAUCUGGUCCCUGAAUGCAGUUCGCAUCGUCGUGCUCUUCGUCAGCUCCGGUAAAGGUGAGACGAAUAACCAAGAGAGCAUGAGGCUGGUGAGCGACUAUAUGAGCUACGAGGACACUCUCCCAAAGCAGAAGAAGGAAUCCGCCAUGAGCGGGUACAAGUACCUGGUGUAUGGCGAGCACCACGUGCUCAAGGAAGUCCAAGAGGGCAGCAAGCGGGAAGGAAAAAGAACACUAUCUUCGUGUUUCAGGAAAUGGAGACAGCAAGUAAAAAGUGAGAGCAGCAGCAGCUACAAGAUUCAACUGUAUCCAGAUGGAGUCCACAAGGAGCAGCUCGUCACCGUAGAGACGAUAUGGAAGGGCGACAACGACAGCGGGUUGCUGGGACUGGGAGCGGGAGAAGCAGCAGGCCGUCGCAGGGACUUGUGCCUGUCGUUCGCGCUGUACAAGCUGCUGCGCCGUCGGUUCUACGAUCUCCCGAUGCACGAGAUGGACCGGCCGGCGGGCAAGGAGAAGAUGAGGCGGCUCGUCUUCGACUACGUCCUCAAGGACCGCGAGAGGGCUUUCCGCAUCACUGGGGCGGAGCUGUCAUUCCUCCAGGACCUGUUCUACAGCAAGCAUGCCACCGUGUUUGCUGGCGGGCUCCUGGUGCCGCUGCGGAGCCUGCUGCUGUCGCUGUUCCUGGCCACGGCGACGGGGUACAUCGCCUAUCCUGCCCAGUACAUACCGGAGAGGAUGGAUCCAGCCGACCGGAACAGGAUCACGCACGGUGUGUUCAUCACCCGCCUCAUGAUCGGCAUCAUCGUCCUCAAGGAGAUGCUGGAGAUUGUUCUCUACCUGUGGUCACGCUGGGCCAAAGUCCUGAUGCUGUGCACGUACGUCCAGCUCCAGCAUCGGCGCCCGGUGGUGGAGGCAGCCAUGAGGUGGUUCGUGCUCUGUUUCCGGGCCUUGUCUUCCAUGCUUUGUCGUCCUUUCUGUUUCUACUGCAAAGCCAAGCUGAGUACGGUCCGUCAGCAGAACCUUCUGGUUACAGUCUCUCAGCUGAGGCCAGGUCCCGUACCUCCAUGGACAAUCAGGAAGGUAAGCCUUAGAGGGGAAAUACUUGGAACAGCCGGCCUAGAGGAUUACACCAAGGAUGCGAUAUUGAAUCAGCUCAGGCGCUUGGACAGCGGGAAAGAAGGGAUAUCGAUUCGUAUCUGCUUCACAAACGCCUUCGGAUCAUCCAAACCCAAUACUAGUGAGAAGAAGGUGGUGUGGCCAUGUGACCUCAAGGAGGUAGACACCCACAUCAUACUGGUGUGGCACAUCGCAACCAGCCUCUGCGAGAUCUACUCUUUCAACGAGGUCAAGCCGCUCCGGGCUGAGGUGUGGCGUCCGCUGCCGUUCCUUUGCCUUCGCCGCCACACAAGGAAACCAAAUGGACCAUCAACGGCGGCACCACGGGCUCAACAGCACGACGAUGACGGCUCAACUGAAUCCGCCUGGUCUGAGCAGUACGCAACUGCAGUCACUUUAUCCAACUAUUGUGUGUAUCUGGUAAGCAAGGCUCUGGUAACGGAUAAUCGUCUCAUUGCCAGGAAGGUCCUUGAUGAGGUGAUCGGAGAAAUCGACUGCGUCAUUGUUGGGGUCGAUGAGGAAAAGCUAAAGCUCGAAGAUGUAUACAACUGUCUUAUGAAGACGGUCGACAAGCCCUGCAAGAACCCUGAUCACCGUCGUCAGGGAAGGGACCCUGCUGAUGUGGAGGAAGCAGCAACGCCACGAGAUGAUCAUCAUCAAGUGGACGACGACAAAGAAGAAGAAGAAGAGGAUGACUACUACGAAGAUCUUGACAUUGGGUGUUCCUUAACAAGGAUGGGCGCAAUGCUUGGAAAGAAGCUGACGGAGGUGUACCAUGGCGACGCAGCAGGCCUUUGGAGGGACCUGGCCAACUUCUGGACGGGGUUCCUCCUCCACUUGGUGGCCAACACUGGAGCAGCCACGCACCAGCGGCAUCUCGCCGGCGACAGUGAGCUCAUCACACACCUGUGGGCGCUGCUUACGCACGCCGGCUAUCGUGGGAACGCCGUCCACGGUGAGCAGGGCCUAGACCAGGAGGACAUCCCGGAUAUCAACCAGCAAGCCGCCAACUCAUGA